CACGCUGCUGUUUUCGUGGUGGCCGCUUCGGAUGGGUACCUUCCGAGCCCUCGUUGGCUUCCUCGCCCUGAUAGGAGCCAAAAGGGUCCUUUCGUUUGUACCAGGUGGUCAACUCAACGUCGCGAGGUUUUCGAGGAGUAUCGACGGGUUAUCGUGGGCGACCACGCGAUGUAGUGGUGCCAGACCACUCGCAGCGAGUGUUCCCAACGGGGUUGGAGAGGGCAAGCGCGUGGGGUUUGCCUCAGGAUCGGAGGACGAGGAGGAAGAGGAAGAGGAGGGGGCGGACGGAGAGACGAAAGCGAAGCUGCAGACGGUGAAUGCGCGCCUUCUUGCGCAGAUCGAAGAACAGGGCAAAGGGAUCGUCAUCCCAACAGAGGAAAGCAAGAAGAUCAAGCGAAAAGAGGAGGACUUGAACGGAGUCAAUCCAUUCUACGCGAUUCUGGGUGCUGGGGGCGCCGCGGCAAUGUCUUUCGGGUCCUGGAAGGCGACGCUCUGGCUAGCCCAGGCGUACUACAGCAAGCCCGCGGAAGAGAGCGAUAUUCUAGCUGUGGCUCGCAUGACAUCGUUCAUCAAACAGGCGGUGGUGGGGCUUUUCGCUCUUGGCGCUGGCAUCUUCGGCGUCACGGCUCUGGGGAUGGGCGUAAUGGCGGCGAUUGUUGCGGUGGGCGUGGCCAAGGGCGAGCUGGACCCUUCGCCAGAGGCAAGCGGGUCAAAGAAAGCGGCACCCGGUGCUUCCGAAGAAGAGAAGGAGCUUCUCAUGCUCCAACAAGCGGACGAGAGCCUUAGAAAGGCUCAGGAGGAAAUCGAACGAAACGUCGGGAAACUGUAGAGCAGCCCUGCCUGUGCCUGGGUAUGCACUGCUGCAGCGGUCAGCUCCAGGUUGUUGUGCUUGGACGCGCUUGUCACUGUUGUAGGUCUGGGGCGGGGUUGUAACUGCGGCAGGAAUUGGGAGUACAUUUUGUUCUUGCUGC